AGGAUUGGUCCAACGGUCAAACAGAAAACCAUCAAAUCAGAUUUCACUACAGUUACGAAAUUUAUUUCACUCCUUCUUUCUGUCUUUUAACUUAAUUAGGCCUAUGUUCUUAUCCAUCACCUUCCUCUCUUUUUUUACCAUUUUAUCCCAUCUCCCAUUUAUAUAUAUACAUGUGUAUCAUUGUGUUGUUCAGGCUUCACAUGGUUCUGUAUCAAGCCAAAAAGACAAUUGCCGAGGAUCUUGGAUUUAUUAUAUUAUCCCACUACUACUCAAUUCAUACGCCUUGUUUUCUUUGUUGGAAAUCAGAUUUAGGUAGGAUUUUGAUUAGUCAGGUGCUAAUGAUGUUUCAUUGUUUAUUAACACUUAAUUCUCUCAUUUGAAAUUCUUUCUAUUUUCCAUUAAUAGGUUUGGCCCACCUUUGUAUUCAUUUCUUCUUAAUAAUUAUUUUCCUGUUUUAGUAACCAAAUCACUAAAUUUCCAUUGAUUAUUAAUAAUACUUUUAACCCUUUUUAUAAUCGGCAUAAAGACAAAACACUGAAACAGUUAUUAAUUUUUUUACCAUCUUAGUUUAAAUAUCUGAGCCGCCCGGUUCAUCCAUUCAAAUCUCUCUCUUUCUCUUAUCAGGCCAAAAAAAAUAUCUAACACCACAAAGCAAUAAAGAAUCCUUCUCUCUCUCUCUUUCUCUUUCUUUCUCUCAGAGAGAAGCAAGAAAGAAGCUUCAAAAGACCAAAGCUUAAGCUUUUUCCCCCGGAAAAUUUGUUCCCCUUUUUCCAAAAACUAAUCAUAAUUCAAAACUUCAUCCUCUAUUAGCCAACAAGAUCAAUCAAAGGAGGCAACAUAUUUUUUUCCUUCUCUUUCUCAAAAGACUACUUGCUAAAACCCUAGCUUUUGUUCUAUAGAGAAUUCAAGAACCAAAUUUCUUUUUAUAAAAAAGAUGAGCAGUCUUGAAGAAUCUUUGAGAUCUCUAUCGUUGGAUUUCCUAAACCUACUAAUCAACGGUCAAGCUUUCUCCGACGUGACUUUCAGCGUUGAAGGUCGUUUAGUCCACGCUCACCGUUGUAUCCUCGCCGCACGGAGUCUUUUCUUUCGCAAAUUCUUCUGUGGGACAGACUCACCACAACCUGUCACUGGUAUAGACCCGACCCGACAUGGGUCCGUACCCGCUAGCCCAACAAGAGGCUCCACGGCCCCAGCUGGAGUUAUACCAGUGAACUCAGUCGGUUAUGAGGUGUUUCUGUUGCUACUUCAGUUUCUUUAUAGCGGACAAGUCUCCAUCGUGCCGCAGAAACACGAGCCUAGACCUAAUUGUGGCGAGAGAGGAUGUUGGCACACUCAUUGCUCAGCCGCCGUUGAUCUUGCUCUUGAUACUCUCGCCGCCUCUCGUUACUUCGGCGUCGAGCAGCUCGCAUUGCUCACUCAGAAACAAUUGGCAAGCAUGGUGGAGAAAGCCUCUAUUGAAGAUGUGAUGAAAGUUUUAAUAGCAUCAAGAAAGCAAGACAUGCAUCAAUUAUGGACCACUUGCUCUCACUUAGUUGCUAAAUCAGGUCUCCCGCCAGAGAUUCUAGCCAAACAUCUCCCUAUCGACGUUGUCGCCAAAAUAGAAGAGCUUCGUCUGAAAUCUUCUAUCGCUCGCCGUUCUCUAAUGCCUCACAACCACCACCAUGAUCUCAGCGUGGCUCAAGACCUAGAAGAUCAAAAGAUUAGAAGGAUGCGACGAGCUUUGGAUUCAUCAGACGUGGAGCUAGUGAAGCUGAUGGUUAUGGGAGAAGGACUCAAUCUUGAUGAGUCAUUAGCAUUGCAUUACGCUGUUGAAAGUUGUAGUAGAGAAGUUGUCAAGGCUUUGCUUGAACUUGGAGCUGCCGACGUGAAUUAUCCGGCGGGUCCCGCGGGAAAAACACCUUUACACAUUGCGGCUGAGAUGGUCUCUCCAGACAUGGUGGCUGUUCUGUUAGACCACCACGCUGAUCCUAAUGUACGGACAGUUGGUGGAAUCACUCCUCUUGAUAUCCUUAGAACAUUAACUUCGGAUUUCUUGUUCAAGGGGGCAGUUCCUGGAUUGACUCACAUUGAACCGAACAAGCUUAGGCUUUGCCUCGAGCUUGUUCAAUCAGCUGCAAUGGUGAUAUCUCGAGAAGAAGGAAACAAUAGCAACAAUCAAAAUAAUGAUAACAAUACCGGGAUUUACCCUCACAUGAAUGAGGAGCACAAUAGUGGAAGCAGUGGAGGGAGCAAUAACAAUUUGGAUUCAAGAUUGGUUUAUCUCAAUCUUGGAGCAGGUACGGGUCAGAUGGGUCCAGGUCGAGAUCAAGGGGAUGACCAUAUCAGUCAGAGGGAAGGUAUGAGUCGGCAUCAUCAUCAUCAUCAUCAAGACCCAUCUACAAUGUAUCACCAUCAUCAACAUCACUUCUAGUUCUCUAUUGGUCUCUAUAUCUCAACCAUUAAGACUCAAAAUAUAUUUAUUGACUUAGUUCUUAUAUCAUUCUAUAUAUAUUUUUGUAUAUGGAAAUGAGGACCUAUAAGGAGAGUAUUAAGAAGAGGGGCAUGGAGGAAUUGAAGAUCAUGCAUCAUAUAAUUAAAGACUAGGUUUAUUUAAUUUAGUUGCUCUAGCUAGCGUUGUACUAAUUAAUCAUUUGAUUAAUUUGCCAUUGCCCAUUGAUUAGUUAA